UGGCCGAGUGUUGGCUGAAGCUUUAUAACGUUAACAUACGUUGCGGUAACAGUUUGGUUGUAAACGCGCACGUUUCACCUUCUUUUGGCAACCAAUAUCCUGAACAAUAUUUGCAGUUUUUCACAGAAAGCAAAAGAAGAAAGAAAAAACAAAGAACCUCAAAACCCUAAAAAAUGUGAACUAAUUUUUGAAAAACAAAAAAUAAAAUGAAGAAAAAAUUCUUGCAAAAUUUCUUUGUGAAGUGAAGUUCUGAAGAAACGUAAAAGAAAACAAAUCAAUAUGCAUAAAUAGAAGAAAGAAAAAAAAUAACUCAAAACCUUUCGAGAACAAAUAAACUCAACAACUCUCCUUUUUACUCUCUCUGUCACAACGAUGAACGGCUCUUACACUCAAGAGACAUUGAGCAACGAAAGCUAAUGGCGAAAUAAAUUACUCUUCGUAUUGACUUGAACUCUGCGUAUGAAAUUCACCCUUACUCUCACCACUGCUCCUGUGCUCCAAUGCGCACACACUCCAUUGUAUUGCAUACAACUAGGAGGCAAUGAGACCUAAAAAAUGUGUGUGUGUGUGUGAGUGUUUCUGUGUGGAAAAAGCGUGCGCCUAGAAGCUAUGCUAUAACAAUGUAUGAAAUAGCUUAACGAAAACUAGAAAAAUAAACGAGUUAUCAUAACGUUUAGAACACGCGAGUGAAACACAACGUCGCCAUUGUUGUUAAACCAGCGAAGCAGAAAGAAAAAGAUUCCAACUAAACUUUUGCUUAAAUGUCUGCCAGCCUGCUAGCUCCAAAGGCGGCCGAGGAGCAGCAAAACUAAAAAAAAAAUUCUUUUAUAGAGAAAAAAGUGGCAAAGAAAUUGAAAAGUGCUAUGUGAAAUUGAGAAGCAAAGGAAGUUUUCAGCCUUUUUUUUUCAAAAAAAGGCUGGCGCUGAUUGGGUGUGUGGUGUUAUUGACACGAAUUUCUGGAAAAUAAAGGUUAUUGUGGUGUUAUGGUGUUCUCAAAAUAUUGCAUACUUUAAGGCAUACAACAAAUAAGAAAUAAUUUGUGUUAUUUUUCUUUAAGUAUUUCUUUCGGUUACUAAUUCUAUGGUUUUGUGUGUAUGUUAUUUUGUUCCCUCUUUGUCCCAAAGAGAAGUAAAAACUCAGCAAAAGGAAAAACAGAAAAUUUUCGGUGAGCACAACACGCGCCUACAUGAUUACACAAAACAUUUGUAAGCUAGAGCUUGCCUGUUAUACACACACCAUUCGUUGUGAAUGGCUGCGUUAAAACGCAUGAAAAGAAAAUAAAUGGCAAAGAAUGUUGUAUACAAGAAAAAUAAAAAUUAAAUAGAAAAAAUAAAUUGAUAAUACGCCAUGAAAAAUGUGAUAAAAAAAUACCUAGAAAAAAUGUAUGCUAAACUAGAGGCGUUAUAAAAUAAAUUAAGUGUUAUAUUAAAAAAAAAUAAAAAAUUGUCUUCACCAAAAAAUUAAAAAAAAAACACAACUAGUUUAUAUAAAAGAAAAUUUAAACUAAAAUCUAUUUUUUCAUUCUUAAUCUAUUCCUGUUCAAUGAUAGCAAAAAUAACAGAACAAAGCACCCGUACAUUUUGAAAAAAAAAAUUAUAAAACAAAUUUAAAAAAUACAUAAUUAUGCUAAAUAAUAAAAUUUCCUAACCCCCAACAAGCCGCCAUUUGCCCCCCUUAAUUUCUCGAUAACAACUAAACAAAGUAAACAAGAAUACCUUACCAAGCAACGACAACGAUAACAAACGGUUUUAUUUCCCCCCAGAAAUAAGCAAAAACAAAAGAAGAAAAAAAAACAAAAACAAAAUUUAUAAAAUUAACAACAAAUACAUAUAAAUAAUCCAAAACCGAACCAAAACAAAAUCCAAUUAAAUUUUUUGCACAAAUUAUUGACGAUCAAAAAACAAAAAAAAAAAAAAAAACCACGCCGCAGCAUCAGCCGCUUAGCUUUGUUCUUAACGUUUUCCUGGGGUCCAAUGUUGCAGCAACACAACGCAACAUGUCUUCUGUCAGCAACAAAUUUAGUCAAUACUCAAACGGUUACGCCCCCCGCCCAAAGACAACAUGAAAUCCUGGAGACAAAACCAACAUCAACAGCAACAACAGCAAAUCUCCAAACAUUGGUCGCUGCUGAAGGGAUAACACUUGGCCCUCUGCAGAAUGGUGGCAACGAACAACAGCAGCAAUUAGCCAAAACUAAUGAAAAUGUUGCCUUGCAUAGCUCUGUACCAAAAAACAAGCUACCAACAACAACCACUUUCAUCCCAAUCUUAAAAAAUGGGUCAUACAACAAUGCACAAAAACAAACCAAGAACAACAACAACAACCAGAAUUCAUCUCAGGGCAGACAAUUAUGGCAUGUUGUCGGGUCCUUGGAUGAUGUGAAAAAUAAUGAUUUCCCUGAUUUAACAACUAAAAUGAAGGCACAAAUCUUAUACCAAACACCUUCUCUCUUAACAGAAGCAACAACAGCAGCAGCAACAAAGUGGCAGCAACAGCAAACUCUAAGCAAAAUGUUGCAUGAUCACAUUGCAGUGCAGUCGCUAUUAAAGCCAAUAAUUGACUUUAUUCCAAAAUCCAUAAAAGAAUCAUUAGAUUUUAAUAGUCGACGGAGAAGAGGUCGCCUAAGGCCUGCGAAGGCGGAAACAGGAACAGAAACGGAAACGGAAACGGUAGCGGCCGCAUCUCGAACAGCAACACCAUCAACAUCAUCUGCUAGGGCAGCUCGUCGUCGAUCAAAUGUGCCAGCAACAUUUGUCCAAGUCAACAAAUUUGCUAAACAAUUAACAACGCUAUUGUUAACAUUGUUGUUAUCGUUUCUAAGCAUUACUUUUGUAAAUAAACACAACAGCAACAACAACUUAGUAUUAUCAUUAAAUAAGAUUUUGAAAAAUAAAAAUCGUAAAAAAUCGAAUCCAGCUGAUGAUGAUGAUGGCAAUGAUGAGGCCGAAAUAAAAGGAGAACAAAUUCCCAUUCAUAGGCAAAUCUCUUCUCACAACAACAACAAAAACACAACAACCACAUCGUCAUCAGUAUUCUCAUCAAAUGGCACCUCUCGUCUACUCUAUGCAUUGCUCUUUUUCGCCAUACUCCUAAUAAUACCCUCUCACGAUCAUAUGGUCUCUGCGGCCAAACCGAAAUCGGCCACACAACUACAGCAGCAGCAGCAGCAACAACAUCAGGAUCACAAUCAACAACAGCAACAUCACAACAAUAAACCCAACAUUGCCUAUGCUGCUGGUGCCGAUCAUGUCCAAAUCGACAAAGAGGGCAUGCUCUUAACACCACCCUCCUAUCAGGGUGUCUCAUCGCAAACAUCGAACGAAGAGGGUACGGAAUAUUUAACAGAUUCCGAGGAGCAAUUAUUCGACGAUGAAAAACAAAAUCUAAAUAUAGUCGAAGAAGAAGAUGCCGCUGAAGAAGAUAUGGAUCGUGGUUCUUAUGAAAAGGAUGGAAAUGAUACACAUUUUGAUAAUACGACUGUUACAAAAACACCGCUCUUCCCGACAGAUCUUUUCACAAAAGAACAAUUGGAGAAUGGUGCCGUGAUUUGCCACAUUAUCGGUGUGAUAUAUAUGUUCGUAGCCUUGGCCAUCGUUUGCGAUGAAUUCUUUGUGCCUUCCCUGGAUGUGAUCAUCGAAAAACUAGGCAUUACCGAUGAUGUGGCUGGGGCCACGUUCAUGGCGGCCGGCGGUAGUGCACCUGAACUCUUCACAUCGGUCAUUGGCGUCUUCGUGUCCUUCGACGAUGUGGGCAUCGGUACGAUUGUCGGCUCGGCCGUCUUCAAUAUUCUCUUCGUCAUCGGUAUGUGUGCGCUGUUCUCGCGAACGGUGCUGUCGCUGACCUGGUGGCCGCUGUUUCGCGAUUGUACCUUCUACAGUGUCAGUCUGCUGGUGUUGAUAUACUUUUUUCGCGACAACCGGAUCUGGUGGUGGGAGGCGCUUAUACUCUUUUGCAUUUACAUUGGCUAUGUGGGCUUCAUGAAGUGGAACGUCCAGGUGGAGGGCUGUGUGAAGAAACUGAUAUCGAAAAAUAAGGUGACUCGCGUCAGAAGUACAGAUCAGCUUAUGCCAGCAGGCAAUGCCGCCAAUUCUUCGGAAACUUCAAUGGCCACACAGCCUGGUGGUUCGAUGACAUCGAGAGCUGCAUCGGAAACACGCUCGGGACCGCCCGGUUCCAGUAGUGGUGCUGGCACUACAGGUAAUAGCAGUGGUGGAAAUGCAAGUACUACACAGACUGGUGCAAAAUUUCGUCAUGGCCUAUUGCAGCUUAUGAUUCACACAAUAGAUCCGCUACAUGAUGAUGAUGUUCCAGGCAAGGUGGACGAAAAGGCGACCCAACUGCAUGCCAUUGCCUCCCUCAAAGUGCUGCUGGAUGCAACCAAACCACAACGGGGUGGUGCCACAACAUCGGCUGCCAAUCAUGUGAAAAUCAAUUUGAAGGAAACAACUCUGGCGGAUCGUCCAAAUGGCAAUAUUGAUACAACCUUGGAUUCGCCAUCGUUAAGUGGUCGUCGUGCGAGCUGGAUAGAUCAAAGGGUCAAAAUUCAAACGCGAAAAUUUAGCAUCAAACAAACCCAAGAAAUCGAAGAUGAACCAGAGCCACUGAGCAUGGCCUGGCCAGAUACUGCCCGUAAACGUUUAACCUAUAUUUUGGUAGCUCCACUCUUGAUACCCAUGUGGCUAACCUUGCCCGAUACGCGCACCCCCAAAGGUAAAAAGCUAUUCCCCAUUACGUUUAUUGGCUCUAUACUGUGGAUAGCAGCCUUCUCGUAUCUGAUGGUAUGGUGGGCCAAUGUUGCCGGUGAUACGGCACGCAUACCACCUGAGGUUAUGGGUCUAACCUUCCUGGCCGCCGGUACAUCCAUUCCCGAUCUGAUAACAUCAGUUAUUGUGGCGCGCAAAGGUUUUGGUGAUAUGGCUGUUUCCAGUUCUGUGGGUAGUAAUAUUUUCGAUGUUACUGUUGGUUUACCUAUUCCUUGGCUACUCUAUGGCAUUAUUUACGAUGCACCGGUCGAAGUGAACUCGGUGGGCAUGGUGUGUUCCAUAACGAUAUUGUUUAUGAUGUUGCUAUUUGUCGUUAUGUCAAUUGCCUGCUUCCAUUGGCGCAUGAACAAAGGUUUAGGUUUUACAAUGUUUUUGUUAUAUUUUGUUUUUGUUGCCGUUUCGUUAAUGUUUGAAUACGAUGUAAUAACAUGUCCAGUGUAAAAUGUCAACAGCAGAUGGAGCAGAAUGACAGGAAGACAAACCAAACAAAUAACCACAAAAGAAAAAAAACAGAAAGGAACAUUUCCAAAUAAAUGAAAAAGAAGAAGAAAAAAUAAAAACAGAAAAAAAUAACAACAAAAUAACCAAGCAACAACAACAACAACUUUAUAUACAAAAUUAAAAACAAAACACAAGAUAUAUAAGAGAACAUAAAACAAUUAAGAAACUAAACAAAAACCAAAAGUAUAUAUGAUAAGAAAAUUGUUAAUAAUUUUUAAGUAAGUUUAUUAAGGAAAUUUAUUAAACAAGAACAACCACAACAAACAACAACAAAAUUCGAAAACAAAAUCUUAGCUAAAUUAAAAUCAAUAUAUAAGAUGGAUAACGACGAACUCGUAACAAGCUAAAAAAAAAAGAAAAUCCAAACAAGAACAACAACAAAAAAAAAACAAUUCCCCUUGAAAAAAAAUCGGAAAGAAUGUAUUGUACUUUAGCAACACAAAACCAAAUAAGGAUAAAAAGCAGAAAAACAACAUUUAGAUAAAAGAAAUUAUUUAAUGAUAUAUUAAUUACCAAAAACUACAAAAAAAGAUAAGUAAAGAAAACAAGACAAAACUAACAAAAAAGUAUAUAAGAAAAUGCGUUAUUUACAACGCUAAAGUGCUCAUUAAAAUUGAAAACCAAAAAAAAAAAAUAUUACCACAAGAAGAGAAAUUGUUAUAAUUGUUUAUAUUAUUGAUUUUUAUUUGUUAACCACUUUUUAGAGCCUUUUAUAUAUUCUUUAAGAAAGUUAAACAAAUAAUAAUUGUUCUUUUAUACUUUUAGUUUCCAAUUCUAGUUCUUUAACGAUACCGUCUUCUCAAAAUGUCUUUAUUUUUUCUUCAAUUUCUAUCUCUUUUUAACGAAUACUGUACUCCCACUCUCUCUCUCUCUCUUGACGGACUUUUCUGAAUCUUAAAGUAUAUUUACAUACUAAUCUGUAUCCGGAUUAAUCCUUUUAAUUAAACAAUCAUUGUAAAUUUUACAAGGAAAAUAUUCGUUAAAUUUAUUAUUGGGAUUAAUCCGAUAAGAAUCUCGUAUGAACUCGCUAUAAGAUCCAUUAAACAGGUCGUGUAAAUCACCACGAAAAACCUGCGAUUGUGAGUAGCUGACAAGUCAACGUUUCAAACUUGCCCGGAGGGCGGUGUGCACAAUGUCCUAAAACAGUAUGGCGUGAUUGACAGUAUCAAAAGCUUUUCAUAAAUCAAGUGCCACCAUAACUGUUCUGUAUGUGUGGAAAUGGUGUAUAAAGCUCUUGUUGAGCUAUGAAAAUUCCGGAAUCCGUUUUGGUGAUCAGCUACUGGAAAACACUCUCUUAUGCUGGGGAGGGAGUAGUGCCUCGAGCAUCUUUGCUACUGCCGACAAAAAUGAUAUCGGCCUGUAUGAAUCUCUUUUGCUGGCGUCCUAACCUGGCUUCGGAAGUGGACCACCCUGCCCAUUUUACAAGCAUCGGGAAUGAUUAGGGUAGCUAACAACAGGUUAAGGUGUUUGGUUGGAUAAUCAAAAGCUGAUUCAUUCAGUUGCUUCAACAGCACCAUAGAGAUUCCGCCAGGAAAAAGCAUUUUGGAUGACUUUGCAGUUCAGAUGACAAGUGCAACAUCUUCCAACGUAAGAUGGAAAUGGUACUUCCUCGACUGGGAGAGUUCGUACACGGUGUACGAUCCCCCUCUUAGCACUGUUUUGGGGUUCUCUAUAAAUUGUCAGUUAAAAUAACUCACGCAUCUCAUCGGAUCACCAUAGAGAUUCCGUCAGAAACCAAGGGUUUUGGGUGACUUUGCGCUUCUGAUGACACGUACAACAACUUCCAUCAACAUCUUCUUGGGGUGGUACCUCCUCGGCUGGGAGAAUUCGUACAAGGCCUAGGAUUCUUUUCUUAGCCCUGUCACUCUCGGGGUGCUCUCAAAAUGGCCCUUAAAAUAACUCGGCACCUCAUUGCAUCUAUCACUUCUACGCAUUUAAAUGAGACUGUUGUCCGAUCAAUCUUUUUUUCUUGGUUCGAGAGCACCUUAACCGUUGCCCACAAUUUACUCGAUCCGGUACUGAUUGUGUAGUACUUCAGAUGUUCUAGCCACUUUUUUGCUUAUGCGCGCCAACUAACAUGUUUACUUUCAGAAUUAGUUCCCAGACUCUGGGAUUAUUAGGAUUAGUACAUCGAAACUCAUUUCGCUCAUUUACUAGCCCCGCUGCCUCUGCUGGUAAAUUAGGUGCUAUUUCAGGUAUAUGACCAGCAGGUAUAUAACGAGCGGCAGCAGCUUUGUAUUAUGUCCCGGAAACACCUAUCUGACACAUAAAGAGCGUAUUGAUUGGAUAGUCCUCUGAAGCGGCGAUCUGUAUACCCUCUAAAUUCUUGUCAAUAAGCUUUUCCAUGGUUAAGGAAAGUACGGUGUUCCGAGUCUAUGAAGUCGGGUGGCCAGUUAAUGACGACGAUAAUGUGGGAUGAUCUGAGCCUAAUAAAUGAAUUGCUAGGUUACGACAUUUGCCGUUGAAUGAGACUAAUGUCCGACCGUUGCCUACAAUUUACUGGAUCCUGUACUGAUGUUGUUGUACUUCAGAUGUUCUAGCCACUUUAUGCGCAUAUGCUCGCCAACUAAUCUGUUUACCUCCAGAAUUAGUUUGCUGGCUCUGGGAUUUAUGGUUAGUAGAACGAAACUCAUUUGUCAAUCCUCUGCUGGGAAAUCAGGUUUUAUUUCAGGUAUUCGAAUAUCCGUAGAGUUAAACAGGGAGUUCCCCAAGGUAGGGUGAUAUCUCCGGAAUGGUUUUACAUACCCUCCAGACGGCAUUGAGUUGACGCACGCGGUUGUGUGUGUUUGUGUGAUUGUGCGCUCGUGGCGUCGGGACUCAUUAUUGAUGACAUCUGCGAUAGGUUGAAUCAUUACUUAGUCGAUCUUAACGCCUUUUUCAUUUCGAGGAAUAUGAAAAUAUCCUGCACGAAUCGACAGCCGCUUUUUUCACCAUAUGAAUAGCAGAGAUAAUCCCAACCACCAAUUACCCCAAGGUCUUAGGGAUCACAUUCGUCAGUCUUCUUUAGUUGUCCGCGCAUACCCUUCCUAUGUACGACAAGCUUAGAAGUAGGAACCAGGUUUUCAAGUCUCUCAGCCGAUCAAGAAAACUUGUUGUCCUCUUACAACUCGACGGUCUGUGGUAGGCUGUGCGGACCCAGUCUGGUCCUCCAACGUCAGACCAUGACACGCAUUGACCAUCUACGUGAGGAAGCUAAGGUCUUACCGUUGGGGCAGUAUAAUAAAAUCCUGUCAAUGUCAUAUGUGUUAUAAACACAAACAUCCCAAUCACCAUCUGGUGGCAACCUCCGCCCAGGCAAGUAGAUAAAGACCUUCAUGACCAAAGAAAGAGGUGAAGAGAUAUAAGAAAGAGCUUCUAAAUCAACAGGACUAUCUAGAGAAUGAUCUGAAGAGAUAUAAGAGAGACCUCUAAACCAAAAGGUCUAUCAAGCAAGAAUUAGUACUCACUCUGACGCAAUCACAGCAAUUCUAGCAGAAUACAGAGUGAAUACCAUACUCGGAGAUAAUCUGCCUCCCAAUGCAGCUUAAGAACGAGAGGUGCCGCAAUAAACCAAAGCAGUUAUGGUACAACUGAGAUCUGGGUGGUGCAAAUACAAACCCAGAUAAGGGUUAAUUGCCGUAAUUGACGAAUAAUAAUUCUGACUAUGGAAAACAUACAUAUGUUCAAUUUAUUGUGAUUGGUCAAUUAUCACAGUUAAACUGGGUAAAUAAUUUCAAAUGGCACAACAUUUUAAUGUUUCUGCUUUUAAAAUUCUAUCAUAGUCAAUAAUCCGGAAAAGGUUAUGGAUUCUUAGACACGAUUUCGUAACCUAAAAACCAUUUUUUUAAAAUUCAUUUAAUUUUUUAAAUAUAAUUUUUUAACUAAAUUUUCUUUUCUAAAAUACUAUGUUACUUCAAAUCAUAUUAUGAUUAUUUUUCUUUUCAUCAUAUUUUUGCAAAAACUAUCUGCGGGGAAAAUAUCUUACACAUAUUAGAAAAAAAAAUAACUAUUUUAACUUAUAACUACAAAAAAUGUUAAACUUAAGUUGCUUUGUUAUGUUUUCCAUAUCUCUACAAUGACUUUUCUCUAAAUCUCUCUUUCUCUAUUUCUCUUAUAUAUAAAAAACUUAUAUAAUCUUAGCUUUAUAAGUUCAAACCAAAGAAAAACUCCAAAAAAGCAGCAAAACGAAUUAUAAUACUCGAAGAAAGCUAUUAAAGAAAAAACAAACAAAAAAACAUAAUAAGAAAUCUCACCAAUCAAUCAACCCAGAAAAAUAAAAACAAUUACGACUUAAAGCUUUACCUAAAUCAUUUAUGUUUUUUAUUUCUCCUAGACUUUGUCAAAACAACUCUGUGUCUCUAACUAUCUCUAACUCAAAGACUCUCUUCCUUCAAAAACAAAUGUUGUUCUCUAAAACUCUUUCGUGCACUCCUAACAACAAAUCUAAAGAGCGAUGUGGAAGAGUAGAGAUUCUCAAUCUCUUAACAAAAAAUGUGGGACAUACGAAGAGCAUCUUCAAAGAAAUCAGAGAUCUUUAACUCGUUUAUUCAAGAGAAGAGUUAUAUCCACAUAAAGAGCAAUAAAAGAGGAAAAAAGUUGUACAAACAUGACAGACACACACACAAUAUAAUUAACAAAAUUAAGAGAAGGGCAUUAAACAAACAAAUUUCAAUACCAAACACAGCUAAAUUAAAUAACAAAAACAAAUAGAUAAAUUUCUUAUAACAUUAAAACGAAAACAAAAUAAACCAUAAAAAAGAACAUAGGCAUUUAACAAUUAAUAACAAACCAAGAAAAAAAAUUAAAAAUAAUAACCAAAGACAUCAGUAUAAUUUAAUAAAAAAAAACUAAACAGAAAUGAAUUAUAUGAAAGCAAUAAUUUACAUCAACAAAUAAUAACAGUAACAAAAAACAAGUAAAUAUAACAAAGAAAACAAUUAAUACUAACUAAACAAAACAAAUAUUUAUAAUAAAUUCACACCACAAAACUAAACUCUUCAAAACAAAACCCAAAAUACAUCAAUAACAAAAAAAAACUUAACAACUACAACGUACUAUAUACAUAAAUAAUUAACAAACCAAGAAAAAACACAAUUCUUUUAAGCUAAAACCAAAUAAUAUGAGAUACAUACGUAUUACUACUACUUAAGAUCAAACUAAAACUAAUAAUUCACUAAACAAAAACAUGUAAAGUAUACUUACAUUACAUUUAAAGAAAAGAUUUUUUUUCAAUUUUUUUAUUUGAAAAUGUUUAUUUAAUGACACUGUUAAGGCUGAAACUAAUGAAAGCUUAAAUCGUGACUUCGGCCUGAAAAUACAACGCUGUUGUCAGCUACAAGGCUGUUGCAACGAUGUAACAAAUUGCAAUAGUGUUGUAUUUUUACGCCGAAGUCACGAUUAAAGCUUUGAUUUAUUGUACCCUUUAAGGUGAGGGUACAUAAGAAACUUGGCAUGCCAGCUAGUCAUAUUAAUGCCAAUUAUCUUUACGAUAUGUCACAAAAUGUGCCAUGCAAAAACUUCAAGCAGCUUAUGUAUACUCACCUAUAGACUUUUAACGACACAAGUUCACAUUACGGCUUCUUAUGCCCUGUUUACAUUACAGUUAUCAACUGUACAAUCUUAAAUCCAGUAGAGGUCACAUGGUAGAAAAAUACAGGUAGAUGCAUCAACUCUUGGGAACAUUGAUAUGUCAAAAAAAUUUUAAAUGUUUUUUCAAAUAUAAGUAGAUUUAUAUAUAUGUUUUCCUAUACGACCUCAUUCGGAGGUUAUUAUAAUCCGCGUUUUUCAACAAUUUUUGCAAAUUUAAAUAAUUUUUCAUUCAAAAUUCCAAAAUUGGUUUGACCUAUAUUAUUUUACCAUGAGAGGUCACUUGACAUGUACGCAAUAGAAUUGCCACAUGGUAGAAGAAUACAGGUAGAUGCAUCAACGCUUGGAAACAUUGAUAUAUCAAAAAUUGUGUAUGUUUCUUGAAAAAUAAGUGAAUUUGUAUAUGUUUUCCUAUACGACGCCAAUCGGAGGUUGUUAUGAUAUGCAUUUCUUAACCAUUUUUACAAAUUUGAAUAAUUUUUUAUUCAACAAUUACCAUUCCAAAAUUGCUUUGGCCGUUCAUUGUCCCCGCAGCUGUAUCGAUGCGACUACCUCUAUUCUUCCAGUUGAAUUCAGUGGGAUUAUAAAUUUUGUAUAAAAGCCAUAAAGCUUACGGAAAAGAGGUAACGUAGUCGAAAACAAAAACCGACUUUGUUGUCUUCUAACUGAACUUUUCAGUAUUUUUUUUCAAUCUCUCAAGGAUACAAUUUCGAUUUUUACAUCAUUUUUUGCCUUCCUUUAACUGAACUCUUCCUUUAACUGAACUCUUAGGUUUUUUCAAUGAUACAAUUAGAUUUUGACUUUCCAACUAAAAUCUAUUUCGGUUUAAAAUAAUUUCAUGUGUAGUUCCACCAAUAAUCUUUACAUCACAAAAGAUCGAGUUUACAUUCUUUUUACCACAAGUAAAAGUGAACUUCUACUUUUAAGAGUUCUAACGCCAAAAGUCAAUUAAUCGAAAGUCGGCCUACGUUUCCCUACUUUUCAUAAUAUUUAUAUCCAAACCAAAUUACUACAUUUUGUCUAAUAUGAGUCAUAACCUUUUUGGAGAGGGUAGUGGACGUUAAAAAUUACGAUUCAUAUGUCCCCAAAAUUUACAUUAUUAGGUGUGUCUGGUUACCGUAAAAUUUGUAACAAUUGUUGCAAAUUGUUACUGGAAGUCUAGUCUGUUAACACAAAAGAUCUGCAAAAGAGAGUGAUUUGAUAGAACAAUUUUGACAGUUAAUUCACUGAGAGUGUUCCGAAAGCAAAAGUGAAAUUUUACUUUUAAGCUUUCCAACGCCAAAAAUCGAUUAAUCGAAAGUCGACCUACAUUUCCCUAGUUUUUUUAAAUUUUUCAACAUGGUACAAGAAUAUAGGUAGAUGCAUCAACGCAUAGGAACAUUGAUAUGUAAAAUAUUUAAAAAGGUUUUUUUUUCAAAAAUAAGUAGAUUUGUAUAAGCAUCCCUAUACGACACCAAUCGGAGGUUGUUAUGAUAUGCAUUUUUCAACAAUUUUUACCAAUUUAAGUAAUUUUUCAUUAUGAAUUUUAAAUUUCAAAAUUGGUUUGACAGUUCAUUGUCCCAACAGUUGUUACAAUGCGACUACCUAUAUUCUUCUACCAUGUAUUUCAACCUGAAAGUAUGGCGUUCAAACCACUAAUAAUAUGGGCCAAAACAUUUUUGGAGAUGGGAGCGGUUGUUAAAAAUUACAAUUCAUAUGUCCCAAAGGUUUAAAUUAUUCUAUCAUUGUUAGGCAACCUUUUCGAGUAUGGUGACAACUAAAUUGCAAUUCUUCUUAACUUCAACGCAGAAAUAGAAUUAUAAUACGUUGUGUCGAUUUCAACUAUAUUUUUUCAUUAGAAAACAAGACCAGCGCUCAAUUCUACUCCAUAUUAUGUAAUCGUUCUGAUUAAUAAUUCUGAUCACCGGCCCAACUCGAUUAACCAUGACAUUUGAUCAGUCACAACAAAUUUUAUGUAUGUUUUACAUAGUUAGCCCCGAUAAAGCUUUGUAUGUAAAUACACUUAAACGUCGGAAAUGAAAAGGCAAAUCUUUUAUUUACAAAGUUGCUGUUUAGCAGGAGUUUAUCUUGAAACAUAGUUGUAUUUUACUACUUCAUACUGGACCGACUGUUUCCUUACUCUUGGGUAUUUUUCAAAUGCAAAAAGAUGAACAAAUUUUGACUUUAUAUACAAAUAGGAGGAUAACAAUUAAACCCCUAAGAGAUAAAAAACUAAAAUUCUUUAAUUUUCAUUUAUUAAUUUAUGACUGGGUUUGGAUAUGUCUGGACGACUACGUCAUUCAGACAAACCAUUUUCCUUUGUCUUGUCGUUUGUAAACCCUGGGUUAGUUGUGUCAUUAUUUUCUUUUUCAUUUUUACGUCAUCCUUUCAAAUCAUAAAGCAUAAUCUUCCAACGAAUAAUAAUAAUAUUAAAUAAUACAAAUACACAAACAACAUCAACAUAACCUAAUCAUACAUAUUAAUUAUUAACAAAACAUCAUUAUAAUACUAAUACUUACCAAAGAAAAAAAACAACUAAACAACAACUAAAAUUACAAAAUUUAAAACAUUUAAACAUACAUAUAACAUUAAAAUAAUAAUAACGACAACAACAACAAAAAAACUCACACAUUUUUAAAACAUAUCCUUUUUGCUCCUCUAAAACCAAAAAAAAAGAAUCUUCUGAAAAAAAUUAUUAACUUGAUAAUGAGAAAUAUAAAUUACCAAAAUAUAACACAGCAUACUUUUUUCCUGUUAAUAUUUAUAUAAACAUAAAACCAAAAUUCUUAUAUAUAAACCAAAACCAAAAAUAAUAUAUAUAAAAUUUGUUAACAUAUUAUGUUUUUCAUUUUAUAAAACAACUAAGAGAAAAAAAAAACAAAAAUUAACUCACUAUGAAACCAAACAAAAACAACUAUUACUUUUUUCCCCUCCCCCCUCUUUGAAUAAUAUUAUUAAUAUAAACAACUAUAAGGAAUGAAAGUAAAAAAACAACAACAAAACAAACAAAAAAUGGUAAUGCUUUAAGUAGAACAAGAACAAGAAAAAAAACAAAAUUACAUAAAAAAAUUAUUAAAAACCAAAAAACUUAUAUAUCUAAAUUAAAACCAAAAAAACAACAAC